AUGGAACAGAACGCAACAGCCAGCGAUGUAGACGACAGUGUUCAAGAAAGGCCACAGGUUGCGGCGCCCCACGUAUUGAUUUUGCACGAGAAACUGAUUAAACGGAAAACAGAUCGAUAUGUUAUCAACCUCGGUCUGGCCUUUUCCAAAAUUGGUUAUAAGGUCACCAUGUUCACCUCACAGUACGACAAAAAUGAAAAUGUGGCGGACGUUUCAUUUUCAGACAAAAUAGACGUCCAAUUUUCGGGAUGGUGGAUACCGCGCAGCGUUUUGGGCCUCUUCCGGAGCAACAUGUCGGCGUUGAAAGCCGCCUGGAUGGCGUUCAGAAUAAUAUUUUACCCUCCCGAGCCCAAACCGGACAUUAUCGUUUUAGACGUAAGCAAAUGGGCGCUGUAUUUUUUGAAUCUACUCACAGACUACAAGUUGUUCUACAUGGAAAAUUUUCUGGAGCUGAAGAUCACGGACGCCUGCUUCGAGCAUUCCAAGAUCUACCCGAGCUUAUUGGAAGCAAAGUGGAUUAAAUUGGCAGAUGAAAUCAUCGUGGAGACUAUCGGUUUUGCUGAGAUAUUAAAGAAAUCUUUUCCGUCCCUUAUGAAACAACCCCAAAUUAUGUACCCUUCCAUUGACAUAGGCCUGUGGGAAGAACCGGCUAUAAAAAUACAGCGCAUCAUCCCGGACUUGCUCAGCAAUACGAUCUUAUUCCUCACUGUUGGUAAAUUCAGAAGAUCUUCUAAUUUUAGGCUGGCCCUGGACGCCUUCGAAAUGCUCCUAGAGCUCAUAGACGACAAAAGCGUCACGAAGCGAUUCCAGUUAGUGAUAGCAGGGAACUGUAAGACCCUCGAUGAGAAAUUCUAUUACAACGAAGUGAUGGCUGCUGCCAAAGAGAGGAUAUGCGCGUCUCAGGUCACCUUCCUUAAGCAGCUCCCCGUAAUCCACGAGAAAACCCUUAUAAUGGAAUCGGCCAUUAUGAUCCACCCAGCGAAAAACGACGUCUAUUCGGAAUUUCUACUGAAAGCAAUGAGUCUAGGCAAGCCGAUAGUGGCUACCAAUAAAGGAAUUGCCUCCAAGUUGCUGGUGCAUAGGCUGUCGGGAGUAAUAAUCGAAUCGGACCCUAGGAUGUUCGCCGUAGCUAUGAAGAAGCUGAUGAUGAGUCCCCACCUGCAAGUAUUCCUGGGCGAUAUGGCUAAAGAUGCAUUCGACAAGAACUAUUCUUUUGAGAGUCUAUGCGAGAAAGUGGACAAGCUUGUAAACAGAUCCUCAAGUUGUGACUCGAAGACGAUUAUCAGUGGUAGCGGAAAUUGA